CGCUAUUUCGGGUGCUUCCUAUCCUGUCAUACAUCUCUAUCAUUGAUUACCCACUUUUGAAUAGUGGAAAGUUCUUGGAAAAGUCCUUAAUUUUUACUUAAUUGAAAAUUCUGAGUUGAAUAAGUCAUUUUCUGCGUCAAGCCCACCCUCGCCCUCUGCCAAGUUACCUUAGGCACAUACAAAUAUUUCUCUGCAAUUCCGUCUUCAAUUUGGCUUCAUUGAGUUCGCGUCAAAUCUCAGUCCUCAAUCAAUUCUGCCUGAAAUCCCUCUCAAAAGGGAAAAUGGCAACUUCAGCUAGAACCAUUUACACGGAUGCGACAAUCAUCACUCUCAACUCAUCACGCGACAUCAUUCUGAAUGGCUUCAUUCUCGUCGACAGGUCACGUAUCGUCAACAUUGGCCCCCAAUCGAGCAUACCAAGCUUUUUGCCCGAUGACACAACCACUGUCUCGCUAGAAGGCCGGAUCAUCAUCCCAGGCUUGAUCAAUACCCAUGCACAUCUCGCGCAGUCAAUUCUACGAGGACUUGCAGAAGAUCUUCCGCUACACAACUGGCUAUGCAACUCAAUAUGGCCACUUGAGUCGUGCUAUGAAGGGGAUGAUGGAUAUGUGGCUGCAAGAUUGACUUGUGCUGAGAUGUUGAAGAGUGGGACGACGUGCUUCCUGGAAGCUAUGUGUACGCACCGUGCUGGAUUUGAGGGAGUUGUGAAAGCGGUGGGAGAGAGUGGAAUUCGAGGAUGCAUGGGCAAACUGGUCAAGUUCGAAGAAACAAAUAAAGACCUCAACAUUUCCGACCCCCGCGAUAGAGAUCUCUCCAGCAUGUCGAUUACUUCUAUGCUUUCUGCCCAUGAGAAGUUCAACGGAACCUACGACGAUCGAAUCCACGUCUGGGCAGCAGCCGGAACACCCCGUGGCUCGCCCCUCUCAUCACACCACGAGAUCGGCAAAACUUGCAAGAAACAUUUCAUAGGACUCACCAUGCACUGCGCCGAAGCCCCCAAAGACCUCGAAAUCUACCGUUCCCAGUACUCAAUGACGCCCAUGGAGUUCUGCCAGCGCGCUGAACUAACAGGGCCUAAAACCGUGCUCGCACACAUGGUCCACCUGGACCUGGCGACUGAUCUCCCCAUUCUGAAAGAGACAGGAACAACAGUAUCGCAUAACCCGAACAGCAAUCUCAAACUCGCAAGUGGCAUUGCGAAGAUUCCUGAGAUGCUAGAGGCGGGGAUUAAUGUUAGUCUGGGAACGGAUGGCGCGCCUUGUGGGAAUACGUAUGAUAUGUUUCGCGAGAUGCAUUUGGCAUCUAUUUUGCAUAAAGGAGUCAAGUUGGAUGCGAGUCUUAUGACGGCGGAGAAAGUUCUUGAGAUGGCUACGAUUAAUGGAGCGAGGGCCCUGGGCUUAGAGAAAGAGAUUGGGAGUCUAGAAAUUGGUAAGAAGGCAGACUUUGUGGUUGUUAAUCCAAAUGGUGUUGGGUCUGCGCCUUGGGAUGUAGAGCAAGUUUUGGAGGGUGGGAUUAGUCCUGUAACUGUUGUGAUACAUAGUUGUACAGGAAGAGAUGUUGAAAUGGUGGUUGUGGACGGGAAGGUUCUGGUAAAAGAAUGUCAACUCGUUAGUGGUGACGAGGAGGAAAUUUUGCAUGCGGCAAAGAAGUCAGUGAGGGGCAUCAGGGAGAGGAGUGAUAUCAAAGUCGGAGUAAGAUCUGGGUGGAUGUAUCUGUAGC